GUCAGAAUCAAAAAGUUCAGCGUCGCUUUCACAGCUGCUGAAGUCACAUCAGAAGAAACAAGCUGACAUCAAACGUCAAAAUGCUAUGCAAAGACGCCACUACGGCUGCAAGCGAGCUGAACGACACCCUGACAAAUACGAUUAAUGAACGGAUAUCGGAGGUGUUCGUGAAACAAAAGGAGAUCGAGCAAGAAAGUCGAAAGUUGUCCAAUCAGACCUCAAGGUAUGCAAAGCAGACUAAACAAUGGAUACAGACGAUCGAUAGCUUCAACAGCGCAUUGAAGGAACUCGGAGAUGUGCAGAACUGGGCCGAGGUCAUGGAAAGUGAUAUGCGAGGCGUCAUGGCAACGUUGGAACUUGUGCACAAAGGAACUUUAGAGGAAACUACUCCUCCCACAUCGAGAGCUUAGUUGGAUUGAAGGUAGAACACAUGUAAAUAAAUGGAAUGUAACAAAG